AGGUUAACAAAAUUUUGGUUUAACGAAAAAUGAUCGGUUUGGAUAAAAGGGUCGGAGCUAAACAAUACGUAGUGCCCAAUAACUCUGCUAUGACUCUUCAGCAAAAGCCGGUUGGGAUCGACUUCGUCGCCAAUAUGACCGAGAAUAAGUGCGAUGAGUCGAAGACCAACAGAUGUAAGCACUGCGAGAACAUGGCCAAGAACUUUCUAUAUUUAGAGAGUCUGAUACGAAACAACUUGGACAAGAAACAGGAAUGCACCUUAUGCAACUCGUCGCUGAAAUUUCUCCAGUACGUCAAUCGCAACAUCAUGUCGGUCUUUGGAAACUUUGACACGAUCGUGCAGGCAGCUAAAGCCUUUGCCACCCAAGCGCCCAUCCUACCCAAGUACUCAGUCAGGCCGCCGCAGCCAAAGCCGACACCGACUCGUGCAAAAGGUGGUGCGACUAACUCUGAGCAAAAGGCGAAAAAAUCUAACAAACCCAAGACUAAUAAAUCGAAAAAGUCUGUAAAGGCGUCAAAGUCCGGAAAGAGUCUACGCAAAAGCAAGUCCAAAUCGGGCACCAAAAAACGAAGCUCUGGCGGCGGCAUUACCCCCGGCAGCAAAAUGAUGCUGAAGAACAAGUACAGAUCCAAGACGGCCCAAUUGAGCAAGCAGCUGAGCAAGGUGGUGCGUAGCGCCAGUCAAUAUCAAAACUUGCGGGCAAUGCGCUCCAAAUUGGCCAACAAGGCUAAAAAGCAGAAGAAACAGGUAAAUAAAACCAGUCCAUCUAUACCCUGGGGCUUGCUGAAGAAAAAUAUGCCAAAGCGCAAGACAACAGCCACUAACUAGUGACAAUAACUGUUCACUGAGGAGUCUUGGCUAGCAGAGAAGUACCAAAAAACAGAUGGGCGACAAAUUCAAACACACAUACAAUAUAUAUUUGUUAACUAAAUUCUCAGUGAUAUGAAACAUCAAAGAAAACAGAUAAUAAAAAUAAAGACGUUCAUUUAAUUCAGAAUCAA